GUGUUCGGUAGUCUUUCGUGAGCAGUGCGUUGAUAAGUUCGUUUCCACAAUUGGUGAAUUUUGUAUACUUUUAUCUAGCCGUGCAAAGCUUCGAACAUAAUAUUUCGCUGCUGCUGUCAAGAUUGUUGCUGCGUGUAGGAGGAGAGAAACUCCGGGAUAAGGGGAGUGUGGCGAAGUACUUUACAUCGUGCUUGCUGUUGGGACGUCUGGUUAUCAGUGUCACCUUUAGCCAGGCUUGUUCUGGUUCAAGAUGCUCUUCAUGGAAAAUGCUGCCCCGCCAUCAUUCUUUGCAGCCAAAUGGAUUCCAAUCAUCAUAUCACUGCUGGUGGUAUCGGCCGUCUCCUGGCUGUACGUGCUCUACUACCAGCGGUCGACGGGACGGAGCUGGCUGGUGAGCGCCAUGGUGGCGUUCAGCCUCUCCGUCACUCUGCUGAUUCUCGUCAUCAUACCGGUGGACGUGUAUGCCAUCAGCAGCAUGAAGCAUAAGGACGGCACCUUCGAGCCGUGGGCGUCCCGUAACGCCACGCGGGAACAUAUCGAGAACACGAUAAUGACCGGAUACUACGUGCUGUACACUCUGGUGUUUUUCGUCGUUUUCUUCCUUCUGCCGUUCGCCUACUUCUUCUACCGGGAGCCGAAAGCGAAUGAAGAGAGGGGUCGACCGGAGCUGACGGCUCGCCAGCGCGCGCGCACCGCCGUCAAGUACUCGAUGCUGUUCGUGGUGCUGUUCUUUGUGCUGGUGGCGCUCGGACUGCUGGUACCGUUCGCACCGCCGCCCCCAGUCAACUCCACCGCCUGGCACAAGUUCGAGUUUCUCGUCGAGGAGUUGGAGACCGAAUCGGGCGAGGACGUCAUCUCGAUCCUGCUCUACUCUCUCAGCCUGGUCGGUAUGUGCGCCGUGGUGGGGUACACCGGGCUCGGCCUGUCUCUCUGGCCUAUCCGCCUCCUGCGCGGACAGGAGAGUGUCCAGGAGCAGCGCGAGGAUGUGCGUCAGGAGCGCCGCCGUCUCCAGCUCCAGAUUAACACGCUCAGGGACCAGGCCAACUACUCGACGUUCCCGUCGUGGCAGGUGGACCGAUUGAACUCCCUGGAGCGGGAAGAAGCGGUGCUCGGACGCCGCGAGACCGAGCUCAAUGAGGCAGUCGGCAACUGGAUGAACAGGUGCAGUGGCUUCUUCCGUCCUUUCGAGGUGGUUCUGGGUAUCACCGUCCUGGUGACUGGUGCCGUCACCUUCACCGCCCUGCUACUCAGCAACAUCGACAAGGCGCUACACUCGCUGGGUAUGAAGACGGGGUACAUUCUGCCGGAGCGCCAGCUGCCCAACCCGAUGGACUGGCUUCUCUCGGAGUCUGACCGACUGUACCCGCUCGACUACAUUCUCUACUUGGUACUCAUCUUCACCCUGGUGGGCGCCACCGUCAGCUGCAUCCAGGACAUCGGCGUGCGCGUGUUUGCCGUUAAGCUGUACUCGAUUCGCCCGGGCCGCACGCCGGCGCACGGUCUGAUCCUGCUGGUGCUGAGCCUGGUGUACGUGCUGCUGGCCCUGAAUGUGCUGCUGCUCUCGAUCGCGCCCCAGUACACCAUGUACGGCGACCAGCACUACAUCAAGGACGAAGUGCAGCCGGACGGCAGCGUGAAACGAGAGGUUCUGCCGUGCACUGCCAGCGCGCCGGCCGGCGAGUGUGUUCUCAGCCGAAUGGCCCUACUGCUGCUGCGCUUCUCCUACAAGGCCUGGAUCUUCGGAGCCGUCUUCUACUGGGCCACCUGGCUCUUCCUGCUGUCGGUGGUGAUGGGCUUCUUUAUCGCGCUCUACCGUCGCCGUCCCAGACAGGGGGCUGGACUUCCCACUGAGGAGGACAGACUGCUGGACAAUGUCGACGCCUGAGGACAGUGAGGACACAUUGAGGACACGGUGAGGACAGUAAGGACACAUUGAGGACACGGUGAGGACACUGAGGACUGAGGACAGUGAGCAUCUUUCAUGACAUGGGAAGGAGCCACGAGGAUCCAGGUGAUUUGAGGAAAGGGGCAGAGGGAGGACUCUGGCUUCAAGAGGAGAGGUACUCGCUGUGAGGACAGUCUUGAGGACGUGGGAUGAGCGACUGGAUUGCUUGAUGGAUGAAUGAUGAAAUGGUAUUGUGUAAAAGCAAGAGUUUUGAGACGUGAUUGCGUUAACAGAAACAGUGUGAGAGAUGAUUGAAGCUACAGUCUGUUUGCACUUGAGUUCUGUCGCUUGUGUGCAAUGAUUUUGUCGUUCCUUUCUGUUAUAUGAAAGCAUGCGAGCAAUUGUGAUUCCUUAUGACACGCCAAAGCACAGCAGUCUCUUCAUUGCUUUGAAAGAAGUCAAUGCUUCCGUUAUAUAUAGACACAAUUUCUUAGUGAGCUGGAUUGCAAUAGCCAAAUGAUUAGAUUAGCUGACCAGGGUCUGGUUAGCAUGAUCAGACAGCUUAGGAGCGCACGCUAUCAGCUAUACCGCCGAAUGUUGUGUACUUGAUUGGAACGACGCUUGAGUCCUAUUGUGCGAUUAUUGUAUCGCGUUUCCCUCAUUUCCACUGCCUGUGUUGCGUUGCCGCUUUUUCGCUACUCCUGGCUGCAAGCGAUGCGUAAUGGCCUGUUCUGUGUGGGGAGAAGUCAAACCCCGCCGAACCCCGACUGUGCUGGAAUCAAAUCAUACUGUGACCGUUGCUUCGCAUUGAGACUCUGCCGCGUAUUGGUGUAUUGAAUGAUCGGUAGGGAAGUGGGAAUGUCUUGAAUGAUCAGUAGGGAGUGUCUAGUAAUGCCUGUAGUAGUCCGACCCACUCUCGUGAGUGGAGGCGAGGUGUCGCUGACGAUUUCAUUCAGAUAUACACUGUCCUAGCAAUCACUUAGAUAUCCGGCCAACCUUUUGUAGAUGAGGCAUGUCACAAAUUCAAUAUCGAAUGUAAACACGACUUUCCUCUUAUCUUCCGCUAUUGUGUGGUUUUGCCGGCAGCGGGACCGUUUUGUUUGUGACAUGAUUCCGUCGUCGAUGUAAUUUUCACCACAAUUCAGGUAGACAUUGCCGAAUUUUCGUCGACGUAAUGCUAGUUUGUCAGGUUGUCCGGUGGUCUACGCCAAAUCAUUAAGCACCUGCCGUUUGUGUUAUUGUCCCCAUGUCUUUGUGCACCGAUCUGAUUCGUAUGUCUCAACAGUAGUUUUGUUUGUGGUGCCCGAUAUGUUGAAUUAGCUCAUUUCACCUCUAUUUAAUUACUCCAGUGAUUGGGUUGUUGCUGCUCAUAUGUGUUAUAAGUUUCGCCCGCAGUAUCGCAGUCAAUGACUUCAUGCAAUAUGAUCUUCAAUGUAACUGCGUGGCAUUAAUGGAUAAUCGAAUGUAUGUACGCAUGCUUAUCCCAAUGUACAUUUGCGCCCAAGUUACGAGGCGCCGCUUCUGGGUGACGAUACCAGCCCUAUUGUAGAUGUUGGAACUAGUUAAUUCGUACGUUGCCCCAUUGUACGAAUUAGGGGGCGUCUUGGUCGUUCGGCUGUGGAUAUAUGUUUACAUGUUUAUCCUAUUAGAUGCGUAGUGUUUACACUUCUUGCCGGCUUUGCCAGGUUAGUCCUUAGGCGCUAGACGAGGGAAGUUCCCUUGCUUUUCAUUGCGUUUAAUCAGGUGUUCUCUGAGUUGUAUCAUUAAAUACAGUUACAUAUGGUUAAA